AACUUAAACAACACUACAGUCAAUAUAUAGAGAUAAGCUUUCUUUAAUACAGUUGAUAGAGAAAGAAGCGAACAAUAAUAGUACUAACAGGAGAGAUCAUAGUAGAGUUUAGAGAUAGAAUAUGGCUAUGGAUAGCUCAAGAUCAAGCAGUCUCAAAAGUCCCAUGUUGCCACCAGCAUCAUCGGACACAAACAGGUGGUGUUUGAUUAAUAAGGUAAUAGAUGUUGAAGAAGCCAAGAAUCAGAUAUUGUUCUCUUUGCCAAUGAUUGUGGUGACUACUUGUUUCUACUUCAUCAACAUUGUCUCUGUUAUGUUUGCUGGUCAUCUUGGCAAACUUGAACUUGCUGCCUCAAAUCUUGGUAAUUCUUGGGCUGUGGUCACUGGUAUCUCUUUCAUGGUUGGCCUAAGCGGUGCACUUGAGACAUUAUGUGGCCAAGGUUAUGGAGCAAAAAUGUACAGGAUGCUGGGGAUACAUCUUCAAACAUCAUGCAUCAUAUCAUUCUUCUUUUCUACAGUAAUUGCUAUAAUUUGGUGGUAUUCUGAUAGAAUUCUGAUUUUACUUCAUCAAGAUCCUGAAAUAGCUAAAGAAGCAGGGGUGUUCUUGAAGUUCCUAAUACCAGGAUUGUUUGGACAUGGUUUUUUACAAGAUAUUUUGAGGUUUCUUCAAGCUCAGUCAAUUAUAAUGCCUCUUGUUGUGUGUUCAGUUGCCACUUUAGUUGUUCACAUUGGCAUUGCCUAUGGCUUGGUUCAUUGGACAAGUCUUGGUUUUAAAGGAGCACCAUUAGCUGCUUCGAUUUCAAUUUGGAUAUCGGUCCUCACGUUGGGUAUAUACGUGCUUUUUUCGGAGAGAUUUAGGCAUAUCUGGAGGGACGGUCUCUCAUUCGAGCCGUUUCAUUAUGUCGUUACAAACUUGAAGUUGGCAUUGCCCUCUGCUGCCAUGGUGUGUUUAGAGUACUGGGCUUUUGAGCUUCUUGUGUUAUUGGCUGGUUUGAUGCCAAUCAAAACAACUACUUCUCUGAUUGCAAUGAGCGUUAAUACUUCAGCCAUUGCCUACACUAUGUCUUAUGGUCUGAGUGCUGCUGCAAGCACUAGGGUAGCAAAUGAGUUAGGAGCUGGAAAUCCUGGCAAAGCUAAGCAUGCUAUGGUUGUUACUCUCAAGCUAUGUAUUCUUCUUGCUCUUGUAGUUGAUUUGGCUCUAUUUUUUGGUCAUAAUUUCUGGGCUGGCCUCUUCAGUGAUAGCACAGAAAUAAUAAACAAUGAUGCCACAAUGAUGCCACUUCUCUUAGUCUCAUUUGCACUCGAUUUCUUUCAAGGAAUUUUAUCAGGGGUGGCUAGGGGAUGUGGAUGGCAACAUUGGGCUAUGUGCAUCAACUUGGCAACAUUCUAUUUCAUUGGCAUGCCAAUAGCUGGCCUCCUUGCUUUCAAGUUCAACCUACUAGCUCAGGGUUUAUGGAUGGGCUUGAUAUGUGGUCUAUUUUGCCAAGGUUCUGGCUUAUUGCUACUGACAUUGUGGAUCAGAUGGGAAAAAGUAGAGGGCUCAACAAAGAGUAAUAGAGAAAAUGAACUUCUAGCUUAACCAUGAGUUCAUGAGAAUCACUUUCUUAUUGGGCCACACUCUUUAUUAGUGUAUGGUCUUAUAAGUUUUAAGUCCAAAUUGAAAAGAAAAAAAAAUGAAUAAAUUUUGUCCGUUCCCGUAGUUUACUUGAUG